AUAAUCUUCAUCUUCAUAUAUGGAAUUCGAUGCUGCAAUUCCCAUGUCCCGUGAAGGCAUCCCUCAAGAUGCAAUGUGGCAAAUGAACUUGAGGUCGAGUGAAACGAUGGAACCUGGACCUUAUCCUGAGCAUCCAGGAGAACCAGAUUGUUCAUAUUACAUCAGAACAGGACUCUGUAGAUUCGGAGCAACAUGUCGAUUUAACCAUCCUCCUAACAGGAAACUGGCUAUUGCCGCUGCACGGAUGAAAGGAGAGUUCCCAGAAAGGAUAGGGCAGCCAGAAUGUCAGUAUUAUCUGAAGACAGGAACUUGCAAAUUCGGAGCCACAUGCAAGUUUCAUCAUCCUAGAGACAAGGCCGGGAUUGCUGGAAGAGUUGCUUUAAAUAUUUUAGGCUAUCCACUCCGCCCGAAUGAGGCAGAAUGUGCUUACUAUUUAAGAACCGGACAGUGCAAAUUUGGGAACACUUGCAAAUUCCAUCAUCCUCAACCAAGUAAUAUGGUGCUUUCAAUGCGCAGUUCUCCUGUUUAUCCCACCGUUCAUUCUCCAACAACGCCAGGUCAGGUCGAGUUCAUCCUACAUUGCUAGUCCACGCUGGCAAGGUCCGUCGAGUUAUGCAUCUUUGAUUCUACCUCAGGGAGUGGUUUCGGUACCUGGCUGGGGUGCAUACAAUGGUCAAAUGGGAUCAGACAGUACACAACAAUCAGUUGGAAAUGGUCAAACAUAUGCAUCCUCUCGUCAAGGCGAAUCGGCAAAUGCAGGAUCCCAAGGAGCAUAUUCUCAAUACCGUUCUGGAUCAGUUCCCGUAGGUUUCUAUGCAUUGCAGAGGGAGAACAUAUUUCCUGAAAGACCUGGCCAGCCUGAAUGCCAAUUCUACAUGAAGACUGGAGAUUGUAAGUUCGGUGCAGUCUGCCGUUUCCAUCAUCCGCGCGAGAGGCUGAUUCCUGCUCCUGAUUGUCUUUUGAGUCCAAUUGGCCUUCCUUUACGUCCGGGAGAGCCAUUGUGUGUCUUUUACUCGCGAUAUGGUAUAUGCAAAUUCGGCCCGAGUUGCAAGUUCGACCACCCCAUGGGAAUCUUUGCCUAUAAUAUGUCUACAUCACCCUCAGCUGAUGCUUCAGGACGACGAAUGUUGGGUUCUUCAUCAGGAACCGCCGCAUUAAAUUUAUCACCAGAAGGACUUGUUGAGUCAGGCUCUGCGAAGCCAAGGAGGCUUUCGUUGUCGGAGACUAGACAACUUCCUUCCAGUGAUGAUAACAUUGAUGAUGAGGGAUAAUGAUGUCUCUUGGAAAUGCAUCAUCUGCCUUUUACGAUUUUUUUCAGGGGAGAAAAGGGUAAUCUGUAAAUCGAUUUUCCCGUUGCUGGAGAUGUACAGAGUUCAUGUUAAGCUGAUUCUGCCAACCUGCUAUUGACCGCGGUUACUGGAUUCAGUUUUUCUGGAAUUUCAUGCUGCCAGAUUGUAUAAAUUUCACAAAAUACUUGUCACAUUUGGUUCAAAACCUGAUGUGAACAUUUCUUCUGUCCUUAAAACUGGUUUAUCUAUUUAACAUUUUGCCAAUAUGUAAAAAAUGUUUCUGGAAAUCUAUAAUAAUCAGGAAUUUGGCUCCUGGCUGAAUCUUUGUUUCA